AUGAAUUUCGAACGAAUCCAGAUUGCAGCUAAUGCUACCGCAUCCGGGGCAGCCGAUGCGCCAGCACUAUGGUCCCAGGACGCUGGCGAGAAAUUGGAUAUGGGCCACAGACACAGACAGAGACUAUAUAUCACCCCAAAAAUUGGAUUGAACAUUGCUGCAUGGAACGUCAGAACAGGACACCAUGUUGGCCAAAAGGAAAUCAUUGCAAGUGAACUUGCUAAAUGCAAUAUUCCGAUUGCAGCUCUAUCAGAACUAAGACUUACUGGAUCUGGAACAAUGACCAUACAGCCACCGAAUAGCGAUAAGAUAAUGACGCUUUACUAUUCUGGAGGUGACAGUCGGGAGGCAGGCGUUGGGUUCAUGGUGGAUGGGCGGGCUGGGCGCAGUGUUAUCGCCUUCCAGCCAAUAUCGGACCGUUUAGCAGUUCUUACGGUACACGGUACUAUCAAGGCCCACAUUGUGAGCGCCUAUGCACCAACUGAAACUAGUCAUGACACAGCCAAGGAUGAUUUCUACAACCAACUGCAGUAUACGGUGGACAUGAUCCCACAGACUGAGCUGAUUAUCCUGACCGGCGACUUCAAUGCCCAUACUGGUAUGGAUAGAAGCGGAUGGGAGACAACAGUGGGCAAAUUCGGAUAUGGUGAAAUCAAUGAUAAUGGACAGCGUCUCUUAUCCUUUGCCGCCUCCAACAGUUUGAUCAUUGGGAACACCUGGUUUCAACAUCCACUAAAACACCAGCUCACAUGGAGAAAUCCAUCCGGUGAGGAUUCUGCUGUACUGGAUUAUUUCCUAAUAAACCUCCGAUUCCGUUCAACGCUGAAGGACGUUCGAUCCAUGAGAGGACCUGAUUGUGGCUCAGACCACUACCUGGUUCCUUGCCAAAAUCCAGCUUAA